GCUAUUGUUGCCAUUGAGAACCCUGCUGAUGUCAGCGUCAUCUCCUCCAGGAACACCGGGCAGCGAGCUGUGCUGAAGUUUGCUGCCACCACUGGAGCCAGUCCGAUUGCUGGCCGCUUCACCCCUGGGACCUUCACUAACCAGAUCCAAGCAGCCUUCAGGGAGCCGCGGCUUCUAGUGGUGACUGAUCCCAGAGCUGACCACCAGCCCCUCGCAGAGGCAUCUUACGUCAACCUGCCCACCAUUGCGCUGUGUAACACAGACUCUCCUCUGCGCUAUGUGGACAUUGCCAUCCCAUGUAACAAUAAGGGAGCUCACUUAGUGGAUCUGAUGUGGUGGAUGCUGGCCCAGGAAGUACUCCGCACGCGUGGCACUAACUCCCAUGAGCACCCAUGGGAAGUUAUGCCUGAUCUUUACUUCUGCAGAGACCCAGAGGAGAUUGAGAAGGAGGAACAGGCCGCUGCUGAGAAGGCUGUGACCAAGGAGGAAUUCCAGGGCGAAUGGACUGCACCAGCUCCUGAGUUCAAUGCUGCUCAGCCAGAGGUGGCAGACUGGUCCGAGGGUGUACAGGUGCCCUCUGUACCCAUCCAGCAGUUCCUUACUGAAGCCUGGAGUGCCCAGCCAGCCACUGAGAACUGGUCUGCAGCUCCCACAGUGCAGGCCACCGAGUGGGUUGGAGCCACCACUGAGUGGUCCUGAGCUCCUCUGCAGACGCCUGAGCAAAGGGAAAAAAGGUGGAAGGAAAAUAAAAGUUCCUACAAGCUGAAAAAAAAA